GAGCCGUCCUACUUGUGUUGGCAACUUGGCAGAAACGGAUGGAUUGUCUUGGUAGCUACUGAAAUUUUGUUUGGUUUCCAGUUCGUCCAUUCCUAAAAGGAAAAUUAUUGGUCAAUCUUCAACAAAUUAUUCGACCCGACCUUGCCCUACCCGGGCACACACCGGGCAGAGGCUCUAAUGAAAUACCUGCCUGCGCAUGCGUGAUCAGCGAAGCCUAAAUCGAAAGAUUGUCGUCUGCGAUUAAUUAAUUGAUCAGAUUAGAUUCGAUGGAUUGCUGUGUUUGUUAGAAUCUUAAAUAAUAAUAAAAUCAUAGAUUAUAAGGUAGACAGUGUUUAUCUAAGAAAAAAAAAGGUAUGCUAAGGACUAAGAGGAAAGUGCCUUCAUUGGUGGAUCUUUGUGUUAGUUUAGCAGUAGAGAAUGUCAAGUACCUAGGAGAUGUUGGAGAAACUGAUUUACAUCUUCUUGACCGCAUCUUACCUCAUUGUACAUUGGAUCAGCUGAUGCACAUCGAGAAGAGUACUGUUGGACGCGAUCUUAGUUCAGUAACUGAUAAGCUGUGGAAAACAUUUUAUGAGAAACAGUUCGGUGAGAGGAGUACUGAUCUUGUGAUUCAGAGGAUGAGGCAGAAGAAAGUUUCAUUUCGAUGGUUACAAUUAUACGAGGCAAAGCUGAAGGACAUUGCGGAGGCAGAGAACAAAUUAGCUGCUCGAAUCAGGCAACUAUACAAAAAAGAAGAUGACAGAAAACAAAGUCGACAAGUUCGUCUUUGCUCGAAGGUUCCACCUUCAAGCAAUAAAAGAAGCUUUUGCGGAGGAAGUGGACCUGGCUACAAUCUUUCCAACGGGAAGAGCAAUUUGAUGAAGAAGGCAAAAAUGGAUUUUCUGAAGAGUCGCGAGGUGCAAAAUAUUGCCGCCAUGAAGAAAAAUGCUCUGCAAAGGAAUAGCAGUUCGUCUUCCAUGAUGAAGCCACCGGGUAGCUUUCCUGGGAAAAGUUCUGCAUCUUCGAAUCCAAUGAAGCCCCGGGAGAGGAGAUUCUAGAAGCAUGAUGCUAUCCAACUCAAUUCUAGCAGCAUAUUAAAUGUAUGAUUUCCUUGCAAUAAGGGCCUUUACUCUUUUUUAUUUUGUGGGUAGAAGCAACAAAUUGAGAUUGAAAUGAUGUAUUUAUCAAUAAUUAGAUGGAUGUCUUUCUUUUUUUCCCCA